AUGUCUGCUAAUAUCGUAGGUUAUGUUCGUAAUCACAAAUCAGUACAUCAAGGCAAAGAACCAUUGAAACGUUUUGCUGAAGCAAAAAAAUUUAUGGGAGAUAUUUAUGCGGAUCUUGAAGCAUAUAUAGAUGAACUUACCAAAUUUUAUCGUGAUGUCAUCAAUGGUCAAACGAUAGUACCUGACGAGCAGAUGCAAGAAGUUGAGAAAUUUAAAGGUAGUAUCAGCACUAUCCGAGAUAUGUUUAUGCGCGAUACAAUGAAAGUUGCGUUCUUUGGCAGAACAAGCAAUGGUAAAAGUUCCGUAAUAAAUGCGAUGUUACAUUCGAAGAUUUUGCCUCAGGGAAUGGGUCAUACAACAUGUUGUUUCAUUCAAGUCGAAGGUAGUCCUGAUAAUGAGAAAUAUAUAAUUAGUGAAAAUUCGACUUCUCCUAUCAAUAUCUCAGAACUUCAAAGGCUUGCUAGUGCUGUAAGCGACGAUAAUGCAUCUAUGGGGCAAGAUUCUCUUUUACAUGUUCUUUACCCUAAAUCCGAAUCGAGAUUAUUGCAAAAUGAUGUUGUCAUUGUUGAUAGUCCUGGUGUUGAUUUUUCUCCUGAAUUCGAUAAUUGGAUAGAUAAGCAUUGCUUGGAUGCUGAUGUAUUCGUAUUGGUGUGUAAUGCUGAAUCUACGCUAACACAAUCUGAAAAAAAUUUCUUUCAUCGAGUCAGCUCAAAACUAAGCAAACCGAAUAUCUUCAUUCUUAACAAUAGAUGGGAUGCAAGCGCUGCGGAAAUGGAGCAUAUGCAGCAGGUUAAAGAACAACAUAUGAUAAGGUUUAAAGAGUUCCUUGUAAACGAACUGAAUGUUUGUUCCGAACACGAAGCCAAGGACAGAAUUUUCUUCAUAUCAGCACGGGAAAUGUUGGAUGCGCGACUGAAAGAAAGGAAUCUUAUCAAAAUAGAUGUUCUAUUUUUUUAUAUUUUUUUUAAAAUUAUUCUUGAAUGGUUUAUUAUUUAUUUAUUCAUAGCAUAUCAAAUGGAAGGUCAUCAAUUUCGUGCUAUGGAAUUCAUGAAUUUCGAAACUCAAUUUGAACAAACUAUAUCCAAAUCUGCAAUUAGUACCAAAUUCGAGUCGCAUCAUCGUCGUGCACGGGAAAUCGUGAAUUCUAUGCGUGGCAAUUUGGAAAUUGUUCAGAUAAACGCAGUGAAACGGCGAGAACAGCUUCAGCAGAAUUAUUGCAAUCGUGAAGAAGAAUUCAAACAAGGUCUAAAUAGCUGGAAAGAAUUCGAACGUUUCGCCAUUACCGAAUCGCAACGUUUGAAAAAUGAGGUACAUCUCAAAGUUUCGGCUGAUUAUUACGAAGAAAUAUUCCGGCUGGAAUCAAUUAUAGACAAAUUUGAUGGCAAAUUCAUCGAUGAACCUUCUUGCAUCCUUCAGUAUAAAAAGGCAGAUUCAUUUAAUUUCUAUAUUUCAUUUGGAAUUCGUAAUUUUUGUCAUGAAUAUUUACAUUCUUUCUUUUUUAUUCCUUUAUCUUUGGCUGAUUUCUUGGACAAAGUAGUCAAAGAAAAUUUAGAAAUACGUUGUACAGGUGGGCUAAUGCAGCGUAUAUGGAAUUUAGAAAAUAAUAUGUUCGAACAAAUUGGUCGAAUUUUGCCUGAGCCCUAUUCCAGAAAGUUGGACGAGGUUUGGCGAUAUCGUGCACCUUUCCGUUUUACAAUCUGCGUUAAUUGUCCUUCUUUAAUGGAGGAUUUCCAUGAAGAUUUAAUUUUCCGAUUCAGUCUUGGUUUACCUUCACUGAUUCGCCGUUUUAUUGCAUUUCGGUCAGGCCAACCAGUCACUGCUAUAAGCAAUAAUUAUUUCUUGCAAGCUUUUAAAAAGAAUGAACUUACCGACAGUGGUGGCGAAGCAACUAGUUCGCAAUCGAAUCAAGUCGCUCGGCACGAAGCAGAAAUAUUUAAUCGAAGAGAUGAAGAUAAUGCUUUAAUAACUCAAGUGGUUUUAUCAUCUGUUGGAUAUAUCGCGAAUGGUGGUGUUGGAUUAUUGGUAAUCGGUGGUCUAGUUUCGCGAACAGUGGGAUGGCGAAUUAUCGCUGUAAGUGGGUUGUUAUAUGGUGGGCUUUAUGCUUUAGAAUGGUGGCGUUGGAAUUCUGGCGCAAAAGAACAACAUUUGAAGGAUCAGUUCCGUUCACAUCUUGCUACACGAAUGCGCAAUAUGGCUGCAAGUCAUACCAGUAAUUGCGAAUCUCAAGUUCUAUGGGAAAUGCAACAGGUCUUCAACGGACUUAAAGCCACUGUUGGAGGAGCUCACCAGGAAAUGAAAAAUGAACUUGAUGAAACGCAGCAGAAGAUUGGAAAUAUCGAAAAUGUCAUUAAGGGAUUGAAUACCAUAAAAGGCAAAACUGCAUUUUUGAAUACUGAUUUGGAUCGAUUUGAUUUAGAAUUUUUGCAGGCAGAUUCGCUUUCCCCAUAA